GAGAGGGAAUGGUAGAGGCAGAGAUAGAGGUGGGCAGGGGUGUGACUGGCUGGACGGACGGACAGACAGACAGACAGACAGAGGCAGAGCCAGCUGGGCAUUUGCCACAUCUUAUAUUUAUAUGGGGAUUUCAAAGCAGAGGGGGAGGAAAGCUCAAGUUCUAUAGCAGCAGUUCUUUUUUGUGUGUUGGUGCGUAAACGGGACAGGGUCGUUCUCCAAACUGUCAGUAGUUCUGCUACACUUUCAGGCUGAGGAGUUUAUUUGGAGGUAUAGUGUCCUGGCUGAAGUUUUCCUUUUACCUCCGCAACAGUCCCUGCGGUGCUGCGGAUUACAAUGCAGAGGAUUUUGGAGGUUUGGGUCACUAUGGUGACACUUUCUGCGCUGACCAAAGGCGUCUUUGCGGGAUACGUGCUGAGCAUGUUUGCAGCGCAGUCCUCUCCUCCGGACCCGUGCUAUGAUGAGAACGGGAACCCGCGGAGGUGCAUCCCCGACUUCGUCAACUCCGCGUUUGGGAAGGACGUGCGCGUGUCCAGCACCUGCGGCAACCCGGCCGCCAGGUACUGCGUGGUCUCCGAGAAGGGGGAGGACAUGUCCAGGGACUGUCACACGUGCGACGCCGGGGAUCCCAAGAAGUCCCAUCCGCCCGCGUACCUGACUGAUCUGAACAACCCUCACAACCUGACCUGCUGGCAGUCUGAAAACUACGUGCAGUACCCGCAGAACGUCACCCUCACUCUGUCCCUGGGUAAAAAGUUCGAGGUCACUUACGUGAGCCUGCAGUUCUGCUCACCCAGACCAGAAUCCAUGGCCAUCUACAAGUCCAUGGACUACGGUAAAUCCUGGGUGCCGUUCCAGUAUUACUCCACGCAGUGUAAGAAGAUGUACAACAGGCAGAAUAAGGCAGCCAUCACCAAGCAGAACGAGCAGGAGGCCAUCUGCACGGACUCACACACGGACAUGCACCCGCUGACAGGUGGACUCAUCGCCUUCAGCACGCUGGACGGAAGACCGUCGGCGCACGACUUCGACAACUCUCCGGUGCUGCAGGACUGGGUGACGGCCACCGACAUCAAGGUGAUCUUCAGCCGCCUUCAUACCUUCGGAGACGAGAACGAGGACGACUCGGAGCUGGCGCGCGACUCCUACUUUUACGCGGUGUCGGACCUGCAGGUCGGCGGCCGGUGCAAGUGCAACGGCCACGCGUCCAAGUGCGUCAAGGACCGGGAAGGGAAUCUGGUCUGCGAGUGCAAACACAACACGGCGGGACCGGAGUGCGACAGGUGCAAGCCUUUCCACUAUGACCGGCCGUGGCAGCGCGCCACAGCCAGAGAGGCCAACGAGUGUGUGGGUGAGUUCUCCACUGCUUUGUCCUUCAAAUAAUCACACACUAAAUGAUGCCAUCAUCCUCACAUAAUACAGAUAUUGUUAGAGUCAAAACACCUGUAGUUAUAACCGGAAUCCGCUUUUACGCACAACAAUUACGCAUCGGGCUGUUGUUAAUAUGAACUUAAAUAUGUGGCACAUUUUUUUUCUCACGGGGAAUGAAUUGCAUAUAUGAUACAAGUGUCAUCUAAUAAGAUGAUAAUAUUGAAUUCCUUUUCUUCUUUAACCUGAAAUGAAUAUGUUGUUGUUGUUGGUCACAUGGUGAUGCGUUAAUUAUAAGGAUUUUAUUUCAUUGUGGACAAAUUCCUUGUUUUAAACUACAACUAGCAGACAAUGAAAUUGCAAUGGCGAAAAUGAAUCCACUUUAAUAUAUUUCCUGCUGCUUGUUGUUGUAAAUUUAAAACUGAAAUAAGGACUGUGGACAGAGGCAGAGAAGACAAGUGACACAUUAUUUACACAAACCUGAAUGCAGUAUAAUUUUGAUCUAAAAUAAACAAAAGAGCACGUAAACACAUUGUUAAAUACAGUUUUGUCUUUUAAAAGAAAUACACACAUGACUUAAGAC